AUGCUACCAGCCUUCAAUCAAACAUCUCAUGUGCAUCUCUCUCUUUCUCAACGAGAGAAGUGGAGAUCCUUGUUAUGGGUGCAGGGAACCAGUAUUUGGUCCUGGUUCGUUCAUCAUAAAUUGUCGGUUCUCAGUAAAGAAUGCAGAGCAGGGUUCGUUCAUCAUAAAUCAUGUGCUGAACUACCCCUUGGGUUGCACCAUCCCUCACACCCAAAUCAUCCUCUUAUUCUCUUCGAUCCAUUUACAUAUCUUGAUGACAACAAAGAAGAAUUUGACAGAUUUAGCAAAUGCGAUGUCUGCGGAGAAAAGAGUGAUGAAUACAGUUAUUGUUGUUACCGUUGCAACUUCAACAUUCACAUCAGAUGUUCUUCUUUACCACUCACCAUCCAAACUGAAGUCCAUGACCACCAAUUGACCCGCACUUGGAAGCUGUUGAAGUUCACUUGCGACUUCUGUGGCAAAGAAGGCAAUCUGCCCUACCUUUGUGCCCAAUGCGAUUUCGGUAUACAUUCACGUUGUGCUGCUUGCCCACGCAGACUGAAAGUUUUCCGUCACAACCACCCUCUCCACCUCACCCCUUCUCUUGAAGUCCAUCAAUCCGACUCUCCAAUUUGCCUACUCUGUGUUCGAAAAGUGGAUACACUCUGCCUUUACUAUUGCUCAAUAUGCGAUUUUGCUGCCCACCUCUAUUGUGCUAUGCUUCCCCAAAACAGAGAGUACAUAAAUUUGCAGGAACUUAAAGAGGAGCAGCCCACCGAGUCAAAAUCUGAAGAUCCAGAGCUCCAUCAAUCCUUUGACUCAGAAAUUUGCAAAGUCAAAAAAACCACUGUGGGGGAGGACGGAACUGAAAUAGCCACAGAAAUCAAACACUUCAGUCACGAGCAUGAUUUGAAGCUUACUGAUGAGAUUCCGAAUAACACAAAAUGCAACGGAAGGUAUGCAGAUAGCGCAAAUGCUUAUUGGACUGGCUUUUUCUCUAGUCACCCAGCUAGCCUUGAAGCACUAUGUCUGAGUUCUAAGUGGAUAUUAUUUGGUAUGACAUCAGUGUCGCUCUGCCUUGGUGUUUAUGUUGAAUAAGAAUAGAUAGGGAAUAACUAUUUCCUCUAUUCCUCUACACUUGAUUUGCAAGAUGCAAACAACCUACCAUCUCAUGUUGCCAUCCUAGAAAGUGCUGGUUAUAUAUUCUUGCUAUUUGAUCACAAAAGUUGUCCACUUUAUAUUCCAAAAAUUCUGCAAGGAACACAAAAAUGUGUUCCAUGCAGAGAGAGGGUGACAUUUUCUGAUCAUCAAUAGGGUGGAGUAUUGUCAUCAUUUAUUUGGGUUAUAAACAUAAAUGAAGCAAAUUUUCUUUAGUAAAAAGAAUGCAGCAGGACAACUUAAUAUUUGGCUGGAAAGAGAUCUGAUGAUCCCAACUCUGUCAGCCUGGAAGAUGCUUUAGGGAUUGCACAGCAUACAACCAAUGACUAUGCAAAACACGUGGGCUUUGGAGCCCCUGAGGUAGGCAGCUAAUCCUCAUUUCAAAUUGACCUUCUGAGUCUUAUUUUAUAGUCUUUGCACCAUUGUUAUCAUAUGAUACUUCUCUUUAAGCUAUCCUAUAAAAUGUAACAACUUUUCAUAGACAGAAGCUGUUGUAAAUGCUGCCCUGUCAUGCUUCACUAUUAAAAACUCAAGAAAUCAAUAUACGCUGCCUGCUAGUUAUAUUUUUGGUAUUUUUGAAAGCCCAAGAUCUAAGAUUUGAAAAGCUUGAUAUUUUUGGUAUGAAGCAUGAUGGAAGACAUAUGGAAAGGAAUAACAAUGCCUCCAUGGCAGGUCUCUCUAGUAAUAGAAGAACUAUCUUUUUGUGUUAUAGCAGUUCCAGGAACCAUGCUAUCAGAAACAAAAGCACUUGCAAAGUUAACUUCAUAUGGUUCUAUGAACCUAUUAUGGUCUUGUGUAAACAAUUGGGCAAGUAAAUGAACUGUCUUCUUUUAUUUUAUUUUUUGGGUUCUUGCUAUUCUUCACUGCUUAGUACCAAAAACAAAAGCAAAAAAAGAUGAGAAAUAUAUAACAAUAAUAAUUAGGUGGGAAGUAGGCAUCCCAAUUUAUAGAAUUUUAAUCAUUCUGUGUAUUGCAUGGGCAUAUUUCCCCUUUGAAAGAACAAAUAUUUCCCUCCAUGGAAUGAAUAUUUCUGAAACACUAUCAAGUUUGUAGGUUCUCGCAUAAAUUUGUGCAUUUUUAUAACUGAUUUUAGCUAUCCAUUACAGCUCCCAAUCUAUGUUCAUGGUGCAAUUGCCUUUAACAUUUGCAUACUGUCUUGAAGGUCAUAAUUCCAUCAUCAUACACCAGUUUAUGUUAACCAUUGGUUUGAGCCAAAUCCUUAAGAGGUUUAAAGAUUGAUAAGUUGAAUUUUGUUGAUCGGUUUAGUUUUGCAAUUAGAUAUACACAAGAUUUGUUUAGUUCUGCAAUUAGGGAUGCUAACCUUUUUUCUUGUGCAGUUCUAUGACUUGGAGAAGCAUACGAAAAAUAAAAUGGAGAUAAAAAAGUCUAAAAGUCAACAUAAAUGCCUCAAGGUGGUUGAAUUAAUUGGCUUUGUUGGGUGUGGAGUUGAUAUGGAGAUUGCAAAGUACAUAUUGAGUCAUACUGUGACACUUGAAAAGAUAAUUAUCAAUCCCUGCCAUCCAUUUAUAGUGAGUAGUGACAACUAAGGAUACUGAUGAACAUCUAAAGGCAAGAAGUCGUGCCAAGCAACACCUUGAACAUAGAUUACCUCCAGGAACACAAUUAUUAGUACUCUAAAUAUGAUCAACAAUUUCUUGCUUUAAAUUCCAAUAUUCUUUUGUAUGACCUGAUUUGCAGUACUCAGUAUUUGGGUCAAUUAUGACAAUUGGAGCAAUGUUAGGUGCAGUGCUGAGUGGAAGAAUAGCAGACAUCCUAGGACGCAGAGGAGUACCUGUAUAUAUAGCAUAAAUAACCCCCAAAAAUCUUCGAGGAGGAUCUACUACUGUGCAUCAGUUAUGGCAAGACCACUAAGAAAUUAGUGUAAUAUUUUGAAGCUAAAGUGAAAAGAAAAUUCCAACACCAUGGCGGGGUUCUCAAGUAAGAGAAGGAAAAUAAGGAAGCCUGAUUCAGAGUUUCCUCUGCUCAAGCUCAUUCAUGACAGUUUUGCUGCUUCUACAUUUGAGAGAAAAGAGGAAUCACAAGAACAAGUGUUAAUGAAAAUGGACCAAUGCAUUGAGUGAACUUCUGAAGGUAUGCUUAGAGAUUAGAUGUGAACAUGGUUGGGCUUACUAGUCAGGAAUUUUGUGUUUAAUUGGUGUAAUAAGAACACAAAAAAUGUUAACUAAGUUUGGCCUGAAAGAACAAAAUAUAGAAUUGAAAUACAAAGGAUUUGUUAAAUAUAGCUAAGGUUUAUUCUUUCAAAACUCUUCAGAAUUUUCCAUUUCUUAGAUCCCAUAAGUGGAUAUCAGCUUAAGGACAGGUUUCCAUUUGUAAUUUACUUGAGAUGCGUCAUAUUUGUAAUUAUCGUUAGUAGUUGUUGGAAUAUCUCCUGUGGAUAUCAGCUUAAGGCAAUCUUAUUAGAUAGAAAGCUUAGCUGUGAUGUUGCUUGUAACCUUUGUCUCAGAGAAACUGAAAUAAUGGAUCGCCUAUUUGUGUUCUACACCUUUUCUAGAGCUAUCUGGUUUGGGUCAGAUUUAUUGAUAAAGACAGCAGAGUUUCAGCCUAAUUCACUAAAAUGGGCACUUUUAAAAUGGCUCGUCCAACAGGUUUGACAAAGAAACCUUUAACUUUGUUUCCCAAACUCUGUAUACCACUCUCUGGGUCAUAUGGCUUAACAGAAAUCAAGUGCUAAUGCCUAUAAUGUUCUCCUAAUGUCUAAGGCUUUGGUUUGCUUGUAUCAACAAGCUUAUGCAGAGGAUCAGCAGUAACAAGUUAAUAGAAUAAACUCAGACUUCAUAACAAAAGACAGGCCCAUCAAGGAUUGACAAAUUAUUUUAAUCCCAGAUGGAAUUUGAAAGAGAGAUACCAAAUGGAGUGGCAUGCUUUUGUUGCAUAGUCUACAGAAGGAAGACAACUCUUUGUUGGAUGUUUUAACAUAUCAUGCUUCAACAGGAAGGCGGCCAGCUUUAAUGCAGCAUUAAAAGCAAAUUUUCAAAACUCAAAUAUUGCACUAUAUUUACAAAUAAUGACUCUUGAUAUCAGGUCCAUUACUAGAUAUUAUGAUUUCCUAUCCUAAUCCCUGUAGACUAUAUCUUUUGAAUGUGGUACAUCUUCUAAAUUAGUUUUGAUUAUUUUUACUCUUUGUUUGAUACUCUCAGUUAGCCACUAUAUAAUGUACUUGUUUAGAGGUAUUCGCUUCUUCUUUUGCUUCUUUAGUUCUAUUCUUAUUGUUAAAUUGUUAUUUAUCAUUUCUUGGUAUGUAAUGUAACUAAUUUCAAAAUGGGAAUGGAGCUUUAGGACAUUCUUGUUUUUCUACCUUUCUCUUUAUCAUCAAUUCAAUAUGUUUCACUUAGUUUUAGUAAUGCAUUUACAAAUGUGUUUAAUUUUCUCAAGACGAUCCAGUUAAUGCAUUGUAAUCUACACCAUCUAUCUAUACUAAGGAAAAAAAGCAGCAAAGGAAUCAUAGCAACUAAAAACUGAUGAUUAUUUCCCAUAAGUAUUACUGUUUUUCCCUCUACCUUUAGCUGGCUAUGCAAAAUUUAUUGAAAUUUACUGCCAUUAAUAAUCAAGGCUCAUGCUUGUCCAAUGCUUGCUAGAAGGUAUGCAGAUAGAGCAAAUGCUUAUUGGACUGGCUUUUUCUCUAGUCACCCAGCUAGCCUUGAAGCAAUAUGUCCGAGUUCUAAGUGGAUAUUAUUUGGUAUGACAUCAGUGUCGCUCUGCCUUGGUGUUUAUGUUGAAUAAGAAUAGAUAGGGAAUAACUAUUUCCUCUAUUCCUCUACACUUGAUUUGCUAGAUGCAAACAACCUACCAUCUCAUGUUGCCAUCCUAGAAAGUGCUGGUUAUAUAUUCUUGCUAUUUGAUCACAAAAGUUGUCCACUUUAUAUUCCAAAAAUUCUGCAAGGAACACAAAAAUGUGUUCCAUGCAGAGAGAGGAUGACAUUUUCUGAUCAUCAAUAGGGUGGAGUAUUGUCAUCUUUUAUUUGGGUUAUAAACAUAAAUGAAGCAAAUUUUCUUUAGUAAAAAGAAUGCAGCAGGACAACUUAAUAUUUGGCUGGAAAGAGAUCUGAUGAUCCCAACUCUGUCAGCCUGGAAGAUGCUUUAGGGAUUGCACAGCAUACAACCAA